AUGAAGAACGAAUCUGUAGUAAUUAUUGGUGCUGGCAUCAUUGGUCUGAAUGUUGCCCUGGUCCUUGCUGAGCAAGGCUACGCCAGUCAAACAACCAUCAUAGCUGAGCACCUCCCUGGUGAUACAUCCAUCAACUAUACUUCCCCUUGGGCUGGCGCCAAUUUCUCUGCUCUUUCUGCAAGCGAUAAGAAUGCCUUGCGAUGGGAUCAACUCGGGUACAAGCAUCUCCUCAAACUUGCCGCGCAAGAUGGGAUGAAGGCAUUUGUCCGGGAAACCCCCUCUACCGAGUAUUGGGAUGAAAUGCCAUCGCGCACAAAGCUCAAUUCCAUGGCUAGUUAUCUGAAGGAUGUAGCUGAUAUGGAAAACCCACAGUAUAAAGAGAUGCCUCAAAAGGACCUACCAGAAGGUGUUGCAUGUGGUGUCAAGUUCACCACAGUAACCCUCAACGCCCCGAUGCAUAUACGCUAUCUUCUUCAAAGACUCAAGCAGCAGUACGGAGUUCGCGUCACUCGCAAAAAGGUCUCGGAUGUCACCUCCGGCUUCCUCAGCAAGGACACAAAGAUAGUCUUUAACUGCACCGGCAAUGCUGCUCGUACCCUGAAGGGAGUCGAGGAUCCUAAGUGCUACCCCACUAGAGGCCAAAUUCUGCUUGCCAAGGCAACGCACAUCAACCAAAAUGUAAUGAGACACGGCAAGGAUUAUGAGACAUACAUCAUCCCACGACCCCACUCGAAGGGUAAUGUCAUUCUCGGUGGAUAUAUGCAGAAGGGAGUCAGCUUGCCUGAUACACUGGGAGAUGAAACCGAGUCUAUAUUAUCCCGGACCAAGGCAAUGUUACCGGAGCUCGAGUCCCCCGACAUAGAGAUCCUAGCAGCAUUUGCAGGCUUGCGCCCAUCACGAGAAGGAGGUGCCCGAGUUGCCAGUGAAGUCGUGCAGGUCGAUGAUUCAGAACGAAAGGGCCUUGUUGUUCACAAUUACGGCGCUGGAGGGACGGGAUUCCAGGCUGGAUAUGGAAUGGCAGUUGAUGCGGUUGGAUGCGCGUUGGGUGAACUUGAAAAACUCCAGGUCAUCAAAUCAUCUCUCUAG